GCUGCAUUUAUGGCAUAUUACUAUCAAAUGCAACAGUCAUCUUUAUAUUGUUUUUGUUACUGUUCACUCUGAGGCCUGUGCCGGUCCUUCUUCAUGAGCGGAAACAGCAAGAGCACCAGAUCUUCCACAUCAUCAGCCAUCGGCUGAGCUUCCAGGCCACUGGAAAGAUCAUCUUCCACCUUUCCAGCAUGAGUGGAUCCGGAACACACUAUUUAGGGCCAACCUGCGAACCGGCAAGUCAGAACUAGUGUCCCAGCUGAAGCUUUGGUGGCAUCCUCCUCAGCCCCUUUAAUUCACACUCAGCCGCCCACCUCACCCGACCUCUUCUUCUGUCGGCCCCUUUUCUUAUGGAUGCCGCUGAAGAUGUGGUUAAUUCCUCUUGUCUGUGUUCGCCCAGAGUGUGGUAAGCACAGACUGACAGCGGCAGGACUUUACCGUACAGUGCGCAAGGUCUUAGACAUCGACAGGUGGUAUGACCUUGCCACUGAGUAUCUGGAGUGCAAAGGCUGCAAAAAGAAGUAUCCCGCCUGGUCUGAGGACAUCUUAGGACAGCUGGAUAUGGGCCACCGCAGUCAGUUUCCAGCUUUGCUGACAUACAGAUACUCAUGUGACAACCGGGUGCUGAGGAUGAUGAGGGAGAGGACACUGGGCAACAGUGUGACUCAGCUUUACAAGAAGCUAAUGGAACAACACAGUGAGGCAUGGACACAGCGUGUCCUGCAGUACCUGACUGCCUGCGAACCAUUCACAAGGUCCUCCCUUGUGCAACCUCCUGUGUUUACUGAGCCUCCUCUCUUACCUGCCCUACCUAGACCUAAGUGGCUGUUAUCCGUGUACGCCAGGGAUGUUCUGGGGCGACUGCACGAGGUCAAGGCCAAAAUUACAUCUGUCUUUGGUUGUGUUCUCAAGAUGGACUCCACAAAAAAGGUCACAAAGAAACUUGACGGUGCUGCUUCAGGAACAGCUGCCUGGUGCACAAAUGUGGGAAAUGAGCAAGGCCAAGUCCUUGUCUCUGUGCUGACAGCCGCCGAGGGACAUGGACUGGACUCCGUGGCAGCUGGCCUGAUGAAACGCUACCGGAAGGCAGGAGAGGCAGCCCCAAAAGUGAUGUACGUGGACAGAGAUUGCUGCAGUCAGCACGACCAGUCUCGGGUGAAGGUCAUGUUUUUAGAGUGGGCUGAGCUUGAAGUGUGCCUCGACAUCUGGCAUUUCAUGCGGCGAUUUGCUGCAGGUGUCACGACAGAGGCUCAUCUGCUCUACGGGAUCUUCAUGGCACGUCUGUCCACAUGCAUCUUUCAGUGGGAUCCAGAGGAUGUGGCCUGUACAUAUGUGAGAUAUAAAACCCUUUUUUGUCUAUUAAACUUUUAGGAACCAGUGCCAGUGAUGCACAUUUUCAGGCCUAUCUCCUUGAGGGCUUGAUGCGUUAGAAUGAUGACCGGAUGGAAGACGCCAUAAAAGGAGCAUCCUCCAUCCGGUCAUUUGGAAGUGCCAUGAAAGAGGCUGUGGACCGGCUUAACCGAACAGUAUUUGGGAAGCCCUGGGAUGAGCACUAUCGCCCUCCUGGAGCAUA